AUGCAGAGAGAGGGAAGAGCUAGACAAGUGGAAGCGGCCUUUGUGGUGCCUCACAGGCCGUUCGGAGUGGGAUCAAGUAAGGAAGUAGCAGCGAGCUUUGCGGAACCUCGGAGACCGUUUGGAGAGGGAUCAAGUAGGGCUGUGACAGAAUCAAUAGACGAUGCAGGUGCAGGAUCAGAGGCCAUAAAGCUAGUGUCAGCCGCAUUGGUAGGAGGGGAAGGAGGAGGAGGAGGAGGAGGAGGAGGAGGAGGAGGAGGAGGAGGAGGAGGAGGAGGAGGAGGACGGGGAAGAGAAGGAGUCAUAGGAUUAGUAGCGGACACAUCAGCAGGCAGUGAUAGCGGGAGCAAAGCAGGAGUAUACAUUCCUGAAAGAAGCUCCACUGUAAGCGGUAGUAGCUCGAGCUUUGCCGCCCCUUCCUCCUCCUCCGCCCCUUCCAUCUCUGUUAAUUCCACCUCUGCCAGUUCUGCCUCUGCCUCCUCCGCCUCUGUCUCUGCCCUCCCAUCCACCUUUGCAGAUAUUUCCAUCCCUGAAGCUGCACUCACCAGCAGUCGUCUCCAUGCCAUCCCCCCAACUCACACCUCAGAAGACAAUCCUGUGUUUAGUAACGCAACCAUGGAUCGCCUCUCAAUACUGCCAGGGAAUCUCCCAAGUGCCGCGGCGAUUGGAAAGGGGUUGCUUGGACAUGAAGCACUGGGAGCAGAUCUGGGCAGGUUUGAGGAGAUGGGGUUGGAGGAGAUGGGGUUUGAAGGCUUGACAGAAGGUGAGAGGGAGUGGACCUCUGAUCUUGCGGAGCAGUUUGCUCAGCAGCUGGGGUGGAUAGAAGAAACCGAUGGGGCUGGAGGGAGUGGGGUUGGUGUUACAGUAGGGAGGGAGGGAGUGGAAGAACGGGAGAUGACUUCAGAGGAAGAAAGCAGUGGAAGCAGAGAGACUGCUGGUGGGGAAGGAGUGAUGGAGGAGGAAGGAGUGAUGGAGGAGGAAGGAGGCGCAGGGGAGACGAGGAUGGGAACGGAUGAGCGUUUGGCGAUGGAAAUGGGGCCGUCUGAUCGAUACUUCCAGCUGCCUAGCUCUGAGGAUUCGCCUCACGAAAGCAGACAGCAAGGAGGCGGGACAAUCUCUGUGGGUGAAAACGGCCGUGGCGGUCAACAGGGUCAACAGGGCGGAGGGGCAGGUGUGGUGGUGGGUGUGGCAGCAGGGGCAGGGGGUUCAUCCUCUCAUGCAGGCAUGGAGCAGAGUCUUACUCCAGGAUCUCCCUGGAGCAAGAUGCCUCAAAGGGAACCAGCGGCUAUGGGACAGGUGGUGGAACCCUUAACCCUGAGGAGACGGAGUAGCGGUGGAGUAGCAGAGGAGGAGAAGGAGGAGGAGGAGGAGGAGGAGGAGGAGGAGGAGGAGGAGGAGGAGAAGGAGGAGGAGGAGGAGGAGGAGGAGGAGGAGGAGGAGGAGGAGGAGGAGGAGGAGGAGGAGGCGGAGGCGGAGGAGGAGGAUUUGACAGUGAGGAGCAACGAUUGGCUGAACGAGCACAGUAGAGAUGGAAGUGAGUCGUCAUGGCUGUUGAAGUAA